UCUAAAUUUAAGUAUUUCUUUCUAAAUGAAACCUACUUAUUAUUUAAAUAUGGAUUGAUUUUUCAUUUCGAUUCACUGUGUAAACAACUGAAGGCGUGCUAUUGCUUUGAACGGCGGCAAUCGAAUGUUCUAAACAAUUCCCCUGCUCCCUUAACUUAUCACGUCAAAAUACCAAACUUAUCAAUUUUAUCAUAAUGAUUGGGGUACGAGGGUUACCGGUGCCUGGCACGGCGGGCGCUUGACACACGCACACAUCGAAUUAAUUCCAGAAUGCUCCUAAAACAUCAAUAUAAAGUUUCAUAAUCCUCAUUGCAAAUGAUCUGUUGCUAUGCAAACUUUAUCAGAAUCUUUUCACGUAUUUCUGAUAGCAUGAUAUUCACUCGGCAGUAGAUUACUGCUAACCAAUAAGCGAUUAUAACAAUGUAUUACUUAAAUAUUGUUAACAUCAAUAAGACAACAUGAAAAACUGUUAUAACAAUUAUUUUUGAUCUGUUCACUGCAUUUAUAUGGCACAGUUGCACUGAACGAGGAUGUAUAAUUGUCAUUUUAUCUACAGUGGGGUUACAUUGUGCGGCCGUGCAUGUCACACACACAGCAGGUGGCAUCGUCCAACCGUAACGCACCUGCAUCCCCCACCUACACUAUCACAUAGUUAAACAAAAAUACACAAGCAAAUAUCAGCAACACCAUAGUAACAGUUGUUAGAUCAAUAUGUGAGGCUGAAUGUCAGUGCAAAGUCAUAAUAAUGUGUUACUGUUGUGUUCAACUCCGUUUGCUUCUAAAUUAGUGAAAUAAUAAAUAUAUUUUGUGCAAAAAUGUCUGAGAUGGGCUUCGAGAAUGUGUUUUACCUUGAGAAUUUCGAGUGUGCGGGAGACGAGGUGCUGGUGGAGUCGUCUCCGCCCGCCUCGCCCGACAUGGCGGCGCGGCUUGCGGCGCCCGCGCAGGGCGCGGGCGCAGGCAGCGCGUCGCCGAGCAGCGUGCGCGAGCUGAUCGUCAUCCCUGAGCUGCCCAACACAAUCCACCUGCAGCAAGCUAUACAGCAGGUUUCUAGCACUGUUGUAGAGGUGAACGGUGACAGUUCAGGCCACUCUAGCCCUACUACCGAGGCGCAGCACACCUACAUUGUCACAAUGGACGACGAGUGGCGCAGUCACGUGUCGCAGCUAGUCAAGGCUGAAAUCCAGAGUGACCCAGAAAGCGAGGGCGGCAAUGGCGUCAACUACCACGUGCAGUACCUGGAGCCGCAGGAGAUCUACUCGCAGACCGACCACCAGACACAUAACAUGGACCCGCUGCGCUCGUACCCCGUGUACGGCGUGGCCAGCGUGGGCGCGGCCGAGGGCACCGUGACCGCCGUGACCGCCGUCAGCGCGCCCGACGAGUGGGCCGCCGAGUUCGCCUUCAGCACGGAGCAGCCCGCGUCGCCCGCGCCCGCGCCGCGCAUGCCGCCCGCCACCGUGCAGUGGCUGCUCGACCACUACGAGACCGCUGAAGGCGUGUCGCUCCCGCGCUCCACGCUGUACGCGCACUACCUGCGGCACUGCGCGGCGCACCGCCUGGAGCCCGUCAACGCGGCGUCCUUCGGCAAGCUCAUCCGCUCCGUGUUCGUGGGGCUGCGCACGCGCCGGCUCGGCACGCGCGGCAACUCCAAGUACCACUACUACGGCAUCCGCGCCAAGCCCUCCGCGCGGGACGCCGACGCGCCGCCGCCCAAGGGCGACGUCGAGGAGCCGCAGGAGGUGCGCGAGAGGGAGCCAGAGCCGACUCCUGUGGGUGUGAGCGGGGUCGCGCACCGGCAGUACCUCGGCGCAGUGAGCGCGCCCGACCCGCCCGACCUGUUGCUCGACGAGUUGCCCGACGACGUGCCGCCCGACGCGCCGCAGCACUUCCGCGAGCAGCAUCGACAGCACGGCGUAGAGUUCCUGGAGGCAGUGGCGGCGUUAGACACGGGUGCGGUGGAGCGCUGCCGGCGCGCGUUCUGGCGGCGCGCGGGGCGGGCGGGUGCGCGCCUCGCCACGCGCCGGGACGUGUGCACGUGGCUGCGGCGCGCCGAGAUGCGCCUGCACCAGCGCGCCGUCGACCUGCUGCUGCCGGACGUGCUGCGGCCCAUCCCCUCGCAGCUCACGCAGGCGAUCCGCAACUUCGCCAAGAGCCUGGAGAGCGCGCUGGCGGCGGGUGCUAGCGGCGCCCCCGCGCUGGCGCUGCGCGCGCAGGGCUCGGCGGCCGCGGCGCUGGCGGCGGCGCUGCGCCGGUACACGUCGCUCAACCACCUGGCGCAGGCCGCGCGCGCCGUGCUCAACAACCAGCACCAGAUACAGCAGAUGCUGUCGGACCUGAACCGCGUGGACUUCCGCGUGGUGCGCGAGCAGGCGGCGUGGGCGUGCGCGUGCGGCGGCAAUAGCGCCGCGCACAAGCUGGAGGCCGACUUCAAGUCGCGUCUGGGUCGCGGAGCGCCGCUGGAGGCGUGGGCGUCGUGGCUGGAGGGCAUGGUGCGCGCCGCGCUGGCGCCGCACGAACGCCGCGCCGACUACACGCCGCGCGCGCGCCGCCUGCUGCUCGACUGGUCCUUCUACUCCUCGCUCGUCAUCCGCGAGCUGACGCUCAGGUCGGCGGCGUCGUUCGGCUCGUUCCACCUGAUCCGGCUGCUGUACGACGAGUACGUGUCGUUCCUCAUCGAGCGGCGCGUGGCCGAGCACCGCCAGGAGCCGCCCAUCGCCGUCAUGCAGAGAGCCAUGGACGAUGACGAGGAAUUACCAGAGGAACCUCCGCGUGAUCUCGAUGAGGAGGACGGCGAGCAGGACUGGGAGUGGGAGGACGACGACGACGAGCCGCCAGACGUCAAGCGAGUGAAGGGCGACGAGUAGCGCUGGUUAUUUGAGUGUAAUUUACUCAUUCAGCAAUUCGCACAGGAUUGAGAGUGUUAAUAAAAAUAUAUAAUUAUAUGCAGCUCUUCAUCAGAAAAUUAAGUGUUGCACACUUAAUUUCAACCAACUCAAACUCAAUCAGAUUAAGUUGGGAAACUCAAAAUUAUGCGAUAUACUCAAAACAAACAUUUCGGUGUUACGUGUUUGGUGUUGAAAAAUAAAUGGAUUUUGAAGAGUAAAUUAUAUUAUUAGUUCAAAUAAGAUUUUUAAAGUAAACAUUGUAUGUUUUAAUUUUAACUGGUCAUACAUAAGGAAGUGUCGACACUUUUGGUUUCAGUCAAAUUGCAGAUUUUGAAAUAAAAUUAAGUGGGUGUAGCAUAAAUCAUUCCAUUUUUGGUUCUCUUGCUAAUGAUGUCAUUCGCUUGCAGUAUAGAAGAAAAUUAAACGAGACGCAUGCCUUAUGUGUGAUCAGCAAUAAAUAAAAAUAAAAAUUUUAAAAUGUAAAUAUUGGCAUUAAAUAUAUAAUGUACUUUGAAAUUCCUCAUUUAUUUAAUUUAAUUACAAUAAUUUUACUAUACAAAGCAUACAUUUAUGAACAGAGUGCAGGUUUUUUAUUAGCAUGAAUUUCAUGAUGUAAAUUUGUGAUAUUUUCUGUGAAAGCUAUCCAAUUAAAAAUUUUGUUCUAGUCCUUAAUGGUAAUUGAAUAACAACUUUGGUGUCAGAUUCAAAAGAUAUUUGAUUUAACUUCUUUAUCUCACUAGUUUGGAAAAACUCUCUUUGUAGCUCAAAAUACGCUCGUCACUGGUUUUCGCGGAAAAUAGCAUAAAAUACCUACUAAUAGAUCUAGUCAUCUUGCGGUUACAAUAUAGAAUCCUUUUAAUUACUUAAUUUUAUUCUAAGUAUUAAUUGAAAUGAAAAUCUUGCCGUCGUCUAUUCUUACUGUACGUACAAACAUUCUCCGUAUUUUUGUAUAUAUAUUUGUACCUAGUAUAUAGGAUAACAUAUAUAUUUUAAACUGCAAUGUAUGUAAAUUUUGCUACACUAUAGUAAGAAAAAUAUGAAUUUGAUAAUUCAUGAAAAUAGCAUUUUCAUAAAAAUUUGAAUAUCUAUUAUAUUAUACUGAUAUUUUUAUAAAUAACAAAGUCGUCGAAGAGUAAAGGCUUUACUUGGAAAUUUUAUUUCAAAUAAAAUGUAUAUUAUUUCUAAUUAUAUUUGUUAAUUUUAAUUGUGAAAGUAAGUCCUUUAUAUGUGGACGUAAUUGACGGAUCGCCAAUGGAGGCAGUAAAUCGUGACAGAGCAUAGUAUAUAGAGCGUGUAGUGAUGUACAACGCUCGUGUCGAUAUCGAUAAGCUUAUAGAAAUUUUAAUAAAACAUUUAAUUUAAUAAAUUAUUUAUAAUAACACACAUCCAAUUUGACUGUAUAUUGUUAAUGUGAACAUUCAUGUAUGUAUAUAGUAACACUUAUAAACAACAAUUAAUAAACAGUUGGCUUUAAAAAGCGAUCGAAUCCGUGUUGUAUAGAAAUACACAAAAGAAAAAUAAUUACAUCUGCAGUGAAAGACAUUGUCAAGAUCCGUAAACGAAUCAUAAUUAUGCGAAUCAUGAUAUAAAAAUAUAUAUAGCGAAAUAUUGCUCAGAGUCUAAGAGAUAUUGUAAAUUAAAAGUUUUACGAUUUUAAUUCGCCUUUUAUUGUACGCGCUGUAUGUACCUGCGUGCGCACUUUGCUUUAUAAAGCAUAUCUAACUUGUAUAGUACGCGGUAUGCAAAAGAGGCUGCAAAUUUUUCAUACAUUGUUGGGCCCAAAUUUGAUGAAUAAACCGUUAUGAACCUGAUAUUAUAAAAAGGAUAAAAUAAACAAUGAAAGAUCAUCAUUUUUUUCUAUAAAAGUCUAAGAUUCGUAGAAACUACCUUCACCCAUCUUUUCGGUUUCACGUUUCUAAUUCGGAUUCUACUAACGUGCUGACAUAACGUGUUGGGCCCAAAAUGGUCAGUCUCCUUUCUCCGUAGUUAGAAAUUUGGUGCACUUGUACAUUAUUUCACAUAUUUUAAGCUCAACUGGAAAAUUACUACAAGUAGUCUAUGUCAUUGUAUGUAUAAUAAUUUAUUCACCGUAAAAGACAGAAGCUGUCGUUGUAUAUAGAUAUAGAAUAAUACAAAUGUAUAUUCAUUUAUGUGUGAGGUACGAUUUAUGUUUUUAUUUGGAUUGACUAAACAAAAGUGUGUUUACGACGGUAAUGAGGGAUUUUUUUAAAGUUGGCAUUUCAAUUAAGUUGCAACUGGAAUGAAAUAUCGACAAAGCGAUUUACACGUUUCACAUACCUAUUGUUCGCCAUUUUACUUAUGAAAGUUUGUAUAAUAGUGGAUACAUGCGUGUAUUAUAAUAAUAUAUUGAGUACUUAAAUGUAUUAAUGUGUCUAUAUAAUAUACUGUAAAAUUAAUUAAUUUUUGACAUUUGUAGAAUAUUGAUUUGCCAAUAAUGUUGCUGGAAACAUAUUCGUCAGAUAUUGCUUUGAGAAUAAUAAUGUUGCCAGAAAUAUGUUUUUAAUAUACUGAUUUAUCAAUUGUCGAAAACAUAUAUGUAAAAUGUUUAGUGAACAAUGUUGAUGGAAACAUAUUUUCAAGAGAGUGAGACGCAUUUACAUCACAUUCAGUUCGAUCGAAUCGCAGUAUUUUUUAGUAUAACAGUUGUGGUGAAAUCUAAUUAAGGUUCAUCUGAUUUCCAUUUAAGAAUAUCUUGGAGAAAUUCCACCUAAGGUCAGUUGCCAUAAUCAAAAAAUAUAAAAAUUAAAAGGAAUCAACAUAGAAUAUAUUGUAAUUAUAAUUUAAUAUAAAAAUACUACGAUACGACUUAACAUGCGUUGUGUAUUAUGUUACGAGUGCCAUAAUUGUGUAGAUGUCACAUAAACUUCCUAACUGAUACUUAAAAUAUCAUACGCUGUAUAAUGGUUACAGCAGGAACUGUAAAAUCCCAUAAAAUUUACCUCUUGCUACUAACUUUUUGAGGUAAUAUUUUCAUAUUUAAUGAAGUAGGUAAUUAUUUUGUUCAUACAAAAUAACCGAAGACAAUUUCGAUAUGAUGGCCUUAUCUCAUAUCACUAUAAACUAGAUGUUUUCUUGGUUUUAAUUUUACAUAUCGAAUAUUAUAAAUAAAAAAAAAAAUUGCCGAAGCCUAAGGUCCAGAGAUGUUAUAUAAGAAAAAAUGUAAUAUAAAAAAUCUAAAUUCAAAGCAAGAUUUUUUAAAUAAUACAGGUGUAGAAUGACUUGUCCAUUUUAUAUUGUCUCUUAAUUUUCCUGAAUACUCCGUACUAUAUGUACUUUUUAUGUGUAUUGUGCACGCAAACGCUUGUCUAUUGUAGUUGUGGCUAGAUGAAGUUGGAAAAGAGUCGGUCAGUGAUGUCAGUGAUGUGCUGCAUCUAUCGAUAACCCUUUUUACUUGUAUAAUACCUACUUAAUUAUAUUGAAAAAAACACAUCAAUAAGAAAUGAUUAAAAAUACCAUUAAUCGGAAUUUUUGUAAUAAAAAUACGUAUUGUCCAUCUAGCAGAUGCUCGUGAAUUUAGGAUUGUUUACUGUCUGCGGGGACUAUAGUUGUCCAGGUUAAUAAUAAAGUUAAAGUUAAAAAUUAGCAUGUGUGUUAUUCCAAAUUUAAGGAAAGUUCGUCCAGUAGUUUUUGCGUGAAAGUGUAACAAACAUCCAAAUCGUAUUCGUACAUUCUUAUAAACUCGCGCAUUUUAUUUUUGCAAAUUUGAUUUGAAAUAUUUUUUUUAAUCUAAUAUGUACACACCACCAAUAAGUGUUCCUUAUUUUGUCCUUUAAAAUUCGAAGUAUUGAAGUAUUGUCGAAAAAAUUUUUUGUGAACAUAGAAAACUCAUGUAUUUUUACGUAGUGCAAUAUAUUAUUAUCGAUGAUGCAUACAUACAACCCUAUUUCAUUUAAAGCCCGACUAGAAUACAGGAGCGUUUGCGUUUAAAUUAUUAUAAUCGAGGACUAACUUAAAACGGAACAUAAUCAUUUUUUUUAAUACCAAAAUGUAUAUUAAAAUCCAUAAAAGAUUUUGUACCUAAUAUAAGUUAAUAUAAAAAUUCAAUAACCAAAACAGUGAAUGUAUUUAAAUAUGAUUUUUAUAUAAAUACCAUAGUAUUUUUCCGAUUUAUAUUACUUGAUUAUGUUACCAGGCAUUCUCGCCAAUUCAACAUUCCUGUAUAAUAAAAUAAUAGUAUAAUAAUAAACGUGUUAGUCCGUUAGCCUGGAUGACUACCCGAGAUUAUUUUAUAGUAAGACCUAAAGCGCCAAAUCCACGAGCGAGUUUAGUCGGGACGAUACCUCCAUAAUAUCGAUAUCGAUAACUUUACAUAUUAUUGCGAAAUAAAAAAUUUGCUAUUCGUUCCACUGUUUCAACAAAUUAGAUAUACCUAAUAAAAUAUAAUAAAUCUGAUUUGUUUAUUUCGACUUUCAGAAGAAAAUGUAAGGCACCUAUUUUGUUUUAUGACACGUUUAGGUAAUUUCGAAAUCACUUUUAUUCUCUUUUAAUGGCGUAAUUGUACGAGUAAGUCGUGUUUUAAAUAACAAGCCUAAUAAUAGACAAUAUUUUUUGAGCUCCCAGAUUGCACUGCAUUUUGUUUUAUAGCUUGGCAAAUUCGUUCGUAACACUCCAGAUCAUCCGUGCGGGCCGGGAGGAGGGGGGGAGGGGGGGGGUUAGCGCGAUCUUGCCAAGUUAUACCCAUAUCGUCGGGAAACCCGUUCGCUCGUGAAUUUGGCGCCUCACUGCCUUUGUUGAUGCCUUAUCUUGAAAUGGUCCUUUUUCUAUGAGACUGAAAUCGUUUUAAAGUAAGGCGUUGCUAAAAGACAUAAAGCCGAGAUGUUCUGAGAUUGAUCCGCGUCUAAAUUAUUGCAAAAGUUCUUUGCUUAGUUGUGAGAGGUUGGGCAUUGGUUAAUAUUUAAAAGACAUACAUUCUAGUCUACAGUCAUUUCAGCUUCCUGUACCUCGCAAUGAUGAGUGAAUGAAUUUGAUUCAUAGGUGUUCAUGUCCUAUAUCAAUUACUUUAUUAUAAGAGGUUUUUCGCUGAGCGAAUAAUGGCUCUAUGCAAAUUUUACCCAACAUCAAAAAGUCAGUAUCGUUAGCUGUAGGUACAUCACUAAUUUAUGUAUAAACGAUUUCAGUUUCAUAUUAACCAGGGCCCAUUGGAGAAAACAUUCGAUGUAAAAAUAUAACGGUUGUGUUUUAGAGCAAAUAAUUGUUACUAAAGUUGUGAGUAUACUGUUAUCAUGAACCUCGAACCUGUCCAUUUGAGUACGAAAUAAUGUCGACUCAUGAGGCCUCGUCUUGGAAGGUGAAAUUCGCGCGACCAUUGCUUCCUUAAGCACAUGUUUGAACUAACUUUGAACUUUAUAACAAGAUGCAUUGGAUCCAUUUUUUUUAUUCUAUACUAGUGGAGCCGGUCAAGCGUCACUUUACCCCUACCAUACCCUACCCCUUGACUCUUAAACGUUUGUAUGGGAAAUAGAAAAGGGUUGUUUUGAUGGUUUUCCCGGCAAUUAUUCUAAUUUUUCUCACCUUUUAAACCUUCCCUAUACCUCCACGAACAUUUGAAGACCAAGAUAAGAUAAAUCCGUUCAGCCGUUCUCAAGUUUUAGCGAGACUAACGAACAGCAAUUCAUUUUUAUAUAUAUAGAUAGAUAGAUUAAACCAUCAGCUGCGUUUUAAGCUGAUGGUUUAAUAUAGAAUAAAAAAAAUGGAUCCAAUGCAUCUUGUUAUAAAGUUCAAAGUUUCAACGAACGAAGCGUGUAAACUACUUGCAAUUCUUAUGUAAAAUACUAAUUACUGGAGUAGUAUCUUAUUGAUCAAAUCAAAAGUUAGCUUUGAGAUGAGCGACAAGACCCUAGACUUUUGACAUCACACAGGCACUAACAACUGAUAAUUUGAGCAGUGUUGUAAGAGGGAAAAAAAGUAAGUUCCGUUUCCACACUUUUUUUUCCAAGCUAGAUGAUUUAAUAAAAUAGUUUCCGAUUUAGAAAUACUUUGAAAUUGCAUCAAGCGUUUAAUACAACUUUGUAGGUUGCGACGCGGCGAAUUCGCUGUUUCCAGACGAGGCCUUAGCCUUGAGAGUAUAAUCUUGAACUGAUGACAAUAUAAUAAGGUUUAGUGAAAAAUUGUAAAACAUCCAGAGACAUCACUCGUGCCUACAAAAAAAUACAUUGUAAAAGAAAUAGCUCUAUAUCUAAUUGCCUUAAGAAUGUUGUAUUUAAAAUUAUUUUCGUCGAUUUAUCGUAAUAAAUGUUUAUUUAUUCGUGUAUUUCGAAAUUGCACUAUUAGUAGUAAGUGGAUGUUGUACGAAUGUGAACUUUACUGAAACUUAUCGUAUGCCGAUGAUAUAGGAUUACAUUAAUCUAUAGAAAAUUGUCUGUGUUAUUAACGAACCUCAAGAAAAUAAAUCAUGAAUCAAACGUAAUUCUCGCUAUUUGUAUUGCGUAAUAUAUUUAUUUUGCAAUUUUUCCGCGAAAUUGACAAAAUGCAGACAAUGUUUUUUUUUCGUCAGAUUCAACGAGUUAUCAUACAUAAAAGCGACAUUGUAAGUUGAAGUGAAGUUCGCAUAAUAAAUGUUAUUAUAUCACAGUAGUAAUUGUUCUCUAUACAUGUGUUUAAUGUAGGUAUAUGUAAUGAGUGUCUUGAUAUCACAGACGGACUGUAGCUAAAAUUUUACUAUUUCUUUUCUAAAAAAGCAAAUCUCUAAACACUUUCCAUUUUGUCUAGCAUAGCUUCUCCUUAACAUAUAACUAUUAGAAACAACUCUAUGGUUGUGUAGUUGCCUACCCUUAAGGGGUUGUGGGUUUGUUGCAGCGAGUUGAGGGUGAAACGUCUCGCUUUGUAAAUGUAAAUGAUUUUUAUAAAUCUCCUCCGUAUUUUGGAAAAUAUCAAACAAUUCACAGUCAAAAUAGCAAUUAACAACCUCAUUUACUUCAAAGGUAGGACGCGGUACGCGUGUUUUUGAAUUAUACUUUGGCCGUACUGCUUUUUUUAUUCUAAUAAAAGUUUCCAAUUGUUUUAGUUUCACCUCUGCAAUUAUUAUAUACUAGAUAAUAAUAGGUUGUGAUUGUAUAUUUGAUUUUAGCUACAGUUAGAACGUCUGUCAAAUGAGCUUAACUUUUUUACCAAGCUAGGUAAGGUCUAUGAUCCGGGAUGGAGAUAUAUUGUACAACGAAUAGUGUGGACUGCACUCUAAAUAGACUAUUGUAAAUGAUAAUUGUGUUAUGAAAUCAGUUGUUCUUGGCUUUUAAUGACAAUUAGAGGCAGUGUUGGGCUUUACUUACUCAUAUAGGCAUGCAUGGUGUUGCUUCCAAGUAUUACGUAAGCAGAUUAUUUAGACCCCCCCCCCCCCCCCCUGUCAGCAAAACUAAGCAAAGCUCAAACUCCCCUCCCAUGCUUACUUAUAAACAGUGAUUUAAGUGUUACGUAAACAGCGUGAUUUUUUUAUUUGUGGCAAUCUCCCAAAAUGCGUAUUGUUUUAAAAACAGACAGUGUGUGGGAUUCCCACAUGCGUAAAAAAGUAAAUAACUACCUACUGCCGACAUAAUCACCGUCUAGACCCCCCACUACCAUGCCAUCAAAAAUAAGCAAAGUUAAGACCAAGGUUUACCUUACCUUACUUACCGAGAAGUUAUGUUACUUACGUUACUGAGAAAGAAACUCAAAUGAAUAAAACAGAGCAUGCGUCAGCAAGACUUUUUCGCUCAUUUAUUUAUUUGUCUUUUUUUAAUUUUAACAAUAUUCAUAAUACAUAUUUUAAUAGUUAUUAUUAUUAGGUAUGUCUUGAACAUCGGCAAUUCACAAUAAACUAUAUUUAGUUACCGCCUAAAGGCACAGGUGAUUCUUCAAACAGCCCUAAUGGUGUACCUACUACAGUACCUACCUACCUAUCAGGUACUCGUAGUAUCCAUUUGAACUUGAAUUUGUGAUUACUGUUGAAAACGUACCUAACUGUAUUUUAGUUCAUGUAUGUCUAUCUUCAUGAUUAAAAAUGAUAAUUUCACUUCAGCCCCCCCAUUCAGUAAAGUUACAACGAUGUGGUAUCGUUCAUUACAUGGCAACUUCGUUGCUAGUGACAUUUUAUUUGUGGCAUCCCAUAGAAUUAUUGUUGUUAUAACAGAAUAGAAGUAAAGUCUAAUAAAAUUUGUUAUUGGCGAAUAUUACACCGACAAGUACAUAAAAUAACGGAAUCACACCUCAUGUUAUUUGAUAAGAUAAUCACAAAACUUUGCAUAUGAGGUAAAUAUUUGUUCCAGGUAAUACAGACAUUUAAAGUUCAUAAGAAACUUUAUCCUUUUUUUAUUUUCCUUUCAUUAUCCAUUUUUUUAUUUUUCGGGUACCUAUAUAAAGCAGUAGGUAGGCAACCUCAAACUCUUCGCAUUAUGAGCCGUGCAGAGUAUCUGUAAAAUUUAUGUUAUUAAGGUAUUUUUAUAUUUCACAACUAGGUAAAGUGCAGUUUUAAUAACUAUGUUACUCAAUGUAAUAGUUAGUGAAAUAUUUGUUUGCAUUAAAUGAGUGUGGUCCAAUGGUCGUGUCUGUUAGAUUGUAAGCAUCUCGAUGUAUUUUGUAAUGUAUACCGUUCAGCAGUAAGCGAGGAAUAUUCCGUAUUGAUAAAUAAAGCUAGUCAUGUGUUU